AUUCCAGUCAUGGUCCCCUAAUUAACCCAUACCCGAGUCCUCAUCAGCUUGGGCUCUCGGUAUCGGAGCCAGCCUCCGUGAAUAGAACAUCUAUUGGCCCUUCUAUGCCACAGCCUUCUGGUAAAACUCUCCAAUCCCUCGCAUUAUUUUUUUUGGUAGCUUCUUUUCUACAUGCUCUGACUAAUUGUUCGUCCGGUGACGCGGCAGCUCCCCACAACUCAGAGACACCCGUCAAUCAUAAUCACGAUCAUAGGUCUAGCUUAUCUUCAUCGCCGAAUGGGAAUUGGCAUGAGGAGAUAGAUAUUGACGCUCGGGGCUCCUCUUUCAGUGAAAGAGAGGCCACGCUUAUGCGCAAUUAUGUCGACAAUAUGGCUCUUUGGGCUGAUAUCACUGAUUCCCAACGACAUUUCGAGAUUGAAGUCCCACUGAGAGCACUCGAGGAUCCUGUAUUACGCUUUGCAAUUUUUGCAUUCUCCUCUCGACAUAUAGACAGACAGAGAUCGAAAGACAUGUCUGAGGCCCUAGAGUAUCAUAAUCGCUGUCUCCAGCUUCUAAUCCCUGUCCUGUCUGGCCCGAAAGACAGCAUCACAGAUACCGUCCUUGCCGCAGUUGCAAUUCUCCGGCAGCAUGAGGAAAUGGACUGCGAGGACAAUCAAUUCCAUUUGACUGGAACGACCCGCAUUUUGAAUACGGUAUCGUCAUUCGAAUCAACAGGGGGCCUAGGUGAGGCAGCAGCUUGGUUAUGUCUGCGCGAGGAUAUAUACAUAUCACUCACUUCACAACAACCGUUGCGAACGGAUUUGCAUCGCUUCAGCAAUUCGGAUGUCUUCUGCCGGAAGGACGAUUUUGCUUGGGCGAGUAGAAUGGUCUUCCUUCUAGCUAAGGUCCUCAAAUACGCUUUCGAUUACAAUCGCACUGUCAACACUGCUUUACUAGAAGGCAUUGGUGAGGAAAUCGAGGACUGGAACAUCAGUAAGCCACGCACAUUCGAGCCGAUCCAAUACCUUCCCCGUAAUAGUGAGGUGCAUAGACGAUUCCCGGGGGUUUGGAUGUUGCUGCCCGUUCACGUGAUAGGCGUUCAGUAUUAUCAUAUCGCUAAAAUCAUACUUGCAUUGGCCUGUUGCCCGAGCCCUCCUCUUGCAUACGAGCGUUUUAGGCAUUCACGAAAUAUAGAGAAAAUUAUCCGAAGCCACCUUCUUACUAUCCUUGGUCUUGCCCAGUCAAAUACGAAGGCUGAAAACACACUUUUCACGGCACGGCAUAGCUUAGUUGCCUGGGGCUGGAUACUUCGACACAGGCAAGAUCAGGAAGCUGCGGAGAGCUUGUUGAAGACAGUGGAGACAAGAACUGGCUGGGACGUGUCCCAAUCAAUUCAGUUGCUGAGAGAGCAAUGGUGUGAUGGAUCCUCCGACAAUUGACUUUAGGGGCCCAACACCAUGUCGGGCAAGCACAAAGCUGCCUUCUUUGCAAUAUUAUUCGCAGUGUCGCGGAUGCCCCUAAAGCUGGGCAUAUGUUUUCGCCAAUCAGGAGGGAGUUGACCAUUUAAGCGAAAACAAGGGUUCGACCGGCCAAUUGUUUGGUGUCACGACCAGCUCCAAAAUCUAUUAGCGAGGGUUUUCCUUCUGGCCCUGUAGCCUAUAAUUUGGGAUGUUUCUGGGGAGUCUUGGUUCAAGUGCGCGACGACGGAGUAAUCCACAGUUCUCCCCAAAAAUGUUUACUUGCGGGGCAUAAGAUGAUUCACUUGGGUUGUGGCAUGAGCGGUGAAAGGAUGGAGGCUUGAAAUGUCUCUUUUAUCUCCAUGGAGCCCGAACUC